GGUUUGACGAUGAACAGGGUUUUGUUGACGGACGGGAUUCUGACAACGAAGAGGGUUUUGUUGAUGAACGGGGUUCUAACAACGAACAGAAUUCUGGCGAUGAAUUGGAUUCUGAUUCUUUGAAUGAGGAUAGCCAAGAUCCAAAUAAUCCAUUAACGUGGAAGUUCAGUAAACAAGUAGCCGCAUUUACUUCUGAAGUAAUUGAAGAAAUUGAGACGCAAGAAGGUGAUACUUCUACACCUACUUAUUUUAUCGGUUGUGAAAAUUUUAAAAAUGGUGAACGUGGCCAUCGGUAUCAAAGUACAUCGAUGCAACGAUUUCUUAAAGGAGUUCCACUUCCGGAAUUACACCCAUCAUUGAAUAAUCGAUCUAAAAUUGAGUAUAUGAUUGCAACAAGGCGUCGUGCUGAACAUCCAGCCAAAGAAUUUGACAAACUUCAAUGGAGUUCAGCUUAUACGUACGAAAAAGCAAACGUACCAGAAUCUUAUAGGGAUAAAUCACCCUUACAAAGAACUAUAAAAUCGGUUAAAAAAACCAACAAAGGCAAACGUUCAAAUGAAACUUCGAUUUAUCAAAAAUCUUCAAAAAAAGCUCGAGUUACCAGUGAAUCGAUUAACAUUGAGGAACAAGAAAGAAUUUUAAGAAUCGAAAAUGAAAAGCUCGCCAUUCAGAAAAACAAAAAUGAUGA